AUAUCCAAAGCGGAGAUGAGACUAAAGAGAAGCUCUAAGAAAAAAAUGGCCAUACCGCCCCCACCGGGACCACCGCCUCCGCCAGGGCCCCCGCCGCCACCGGCCAUGGGCGGCUUGAAGCUGGGCGGCGGCGGUGGAGGCAAAGGUGGCGCAGAUCCACGCUCUGCCCUGCUCAGCUCCAUACAGAAGGGCACCAAGCUCCGCAAGACGAACACUGUGGACAAGAGUGGGCCAGCGAUUUCGGGCAAGGUCUGUGGGGCAGGCGAUCCUGCUGCAGGAGGCGCCAAGCGAACCCUCAACAACAACAACACCAACACCAGCAACAACAACAGCAGCAGCAGCAGCAGCGGCGGCAGCAGCAACGGCCUUGGCAAUGGAGCGCCGAAAUUGGGGGGCCUGUUCGAAGGCUACUCGCAAAUGCCGAAGCUGAAGCCCGUGAACGGCUAUCGCAGUAGCAGCAGCAGCGGCAGCGCCUCCACCACCACCAGCGCUCGGAGCGCGGCGGCCGCGUCACCAGCACAACAGCAACGAAGCCACAGCCCCCCCACAGCGGCCACUGCCGCUGCCGCUGCCGCAGCCAGCAACGGACCCAUGGACUUCAACACAGAGCUGGCCAUGCACCUAACACUGAAGCGCCAGAAGGCUCAGCAGAAGCAGCAACAGUCGCCGCACGCACCCAGCGCACAUAUCAAUGCCACAGAAGCAAAUCUGAAAACAAAUCGUGGACCUCCACCGCAACCGCCAAAGCAAACCAACUCAAGUGAUUCGAUAUUGGAGCGCAUGAACAUCGUACCCCGCCCUGCCCCGCCACCAGCUGCUCCCGUCAAAGCCGCCUCGCCCACACUCUCGGAGAGCGGCAGCAACAGCAGUGCCAGUGCCAGAGCCAGUGCCAGUGCCACAGUCAGUGCCGGCGGCAUUGGCAGCGUCAAGAGCAAGGCGGCCAAUCUGAAUAUCUCAUUAGGGAAUAGUUUUGUAAAUAGUUCGAUGGCAAAGACCACUGCGAGUGCCUCCACGACGUCGCUGAACUCUAGCAAGACGUCCGCGACGGGAUCGCUGCGCAACCUGGCGCCCAAUAAGUCAACGCUAUUCGGUGGUGCUGGUCCUUCUAGUGGUGCUGGUGGUGGUGGUUCGCAGCAAACCUCGCCCCCCUCGACGGCCAGCAGUACGCCCACACCGCCGCCGCCUCAACCGCAGUCCCAGACUCAAUCGCAGUCGCAGUCGCAGCAGCAGAAGCCGGCCAUCAGCUUUGGCAAGCCAAACUUUGCUCCGAAGCCGCCGGGGCUCCAGCAGUUGAUUCUGGUCAACGGACAGCAGCGCCCGGCGGUGACGCGGCACCACAGCAUGAAGUCGCCCAGAUCUCCGCCAGCGGCCGGGCCUUUGUUCCCCACCCAGCAGCAUUUCGGGACCAUGCGGGCUGCGCCACAGCUGCAGGGCAGCGACGGCAGCGUCGCCAGCAUGCGCUGUGCCCCCAAUCCACCAAAGUCACGGCCAUCGGUGAAGCCCCCACCACCGCCGACACCGGCGCGCAGCUUCUCCAAUAGCAAUCUGAACAACAUCGGAGCUGGAGGAGCAUCUGCGGCGCCGUUUAGUGCCGUGAACACGGCCCUGGUGCAGAGUGCGGCGUGCACGACGCAAGCCUCCUCGUCGCCCAUCACCCAACCGCCCUCCAGUUCGAGCAGCAGCAGCAGUGUGGCCGCCCUGCGCGACCAGUUCCGUGCGGUUGGCAUCGGGAACGGUAUGAACGGUGGGAAUGGCAACUCCUCGCCACCACUGCCGCCGCUGCCUGCCCCAGCGUCCGUCUCGUCGGCCUCCUCAUCGGCCACGGCCAGCCCCAAAUCAUCGACCGUCAGGCCGAUCAUUUUGAAUGGGGGCCCCAUCAAUCCACCAGCCCCGCCGCCCCACCGCAGCUGUCCACCUCCACCACCGCCGCAGCGACAAUCGAGCACUGCUGGAUCCGGAUCUGGGUCGGGAGCUGGAGCGCCAGUGCCGCCACAGCGGCACUCAUCCAUACGGCCAAAUGCACCGCUGACGCCACCCACGCACAUGGCCAACGCCUCGCAUCAGUUUGGCAGCAAUUCCGGACUGUCGGCAGGAGGAGGAACAGGAACAGGAACAGGAGCAGGUUCAGGAGCUGCAGCUGCAGCAGCAGGAGCCACUGUGGGGCGUCUGGUCAUCGAUCUGGAGACAAAGUUCGGGAAGCGAUUCCACAAUGUGACCGAGUUCCCCAAGCCGCCGCCGUUUCUUAAUAUACAAAAAAUCUAUCCUAGUCGAACGUUUAAGGCGAGCAACGGUAUGUAGUCGUGUGUGAGUGUGUGGGUGUGCCUGUUCUGUGAGUGUUUAAAAUACAUGUCAAUGUAUAGUAUAUAGAGAAACGCAUCAACACAACCACAUGCACAUGCAUACAUAAGUAUAUGUAUAUGUAACUGCAAUUAUUGUUAUAUACACGCAUGGAAUGCUGUUAUAUAAUUAUGUAAUUAUGUUUCUCAAGGCACACGCUCCGGCAUUUCGCAUACAACGAUUCUUAUCUUUUAUACAAUAUAUAUUAGUAGUAUUUUAUUUUAAACGUGUAUUACUUACUUACUAUGAUUAUGAUUAUGAUUGUUUAACAAACUGAAGACCCCCCAAUCCAAUCCAAUCCAAUCCAAUCCAACACACACGCAUAUAUUAUAUGUUAUGAUAACCAGGAGAGUUUUAGGAAUCUUUUUGGAUUAUUGUUGUUUUAUUUUACUGUUAACGAGCCAAUAAAUAAAUGUAUAAAGAAUGUAGAAGCAUCGCUGCCCAGGCAGUUCGAAGCGAAGAAUGUUAUUUUGUAUAUUGCAUAAUCCUAAAGUUGAAUAGCUUUAUCCAAACAUAAUCUAUUUUGAUACCAUCUAAUGUUAAUGUUUGUUAAAUUUCAAAACAAAGUUAGGGGGAUGGAGAUCGCAUUAUGUAUGCAGAUCCUCUCCAUAAAAUAUGUUAACCGAAACGCGAUAUUACCACUAAGCACACACACACACACACACAAUAUUAUUACGCAUAGCUAUAUCUGAUAUAACAUAUCCUAUAUCCAUGUAUAUGUAUAUGUACUGUGUGUGUAUAUGUAAAGAGAAGAGUUCUUCCACAUCCCCCCACUCAAUCGAUCCACACACACACACACAAAAAACAUUUGUAAUACAUGUAGCUCCUGCUUUUUAAUUGUAUCCCCAUUAUAUAUAUAGUUUUUACCUAUCUGUACACACUCACACAUCUCUGCUACAUAUAUGCAUACACACACAUAUUUUAUAUAUCCGAUCCGAUAUCCGAUGAGAUGAAUUUUAGUUCUAGUAUGCAACAGGCACAUUACGAAUAUAAUUGUUUGUUUUAAUUUUGAAGUUAUCUUUUGAUGGAACAAUAAACCAAAAUUCAAUUGGAUUUACAUACGUCAACAUGU